CUGGAGGCGCGUGGUCGCCGGGGCCACGGGUGAAGGUCGAUCACGUGGCGGGCGGGCUUGGCGCGGGAGCAUUUGCAGGCUCUAGCGCGGCUCAACCGACGUGUAGCCUAGUCUGCUUCGUGCCUUUACUCUCCGGCUGACGCUGCGAACAGCGCCAACACUGCACUGCGCCCACCGCUCACCCCAUCCGCACCACGCCAGUCGCCAUGUUCGUCAACGGGCGCGGCAGCAUUGCACACGUGCACUACACAGGCGAUGAAGCCGCCGCCGAGAUCAAGAAGCUGCUCGACGCCGUAAUGGAGAACGAAGACGAGUUCGAGCGCUGGGAGGCCCUCGUCACGCGCGCCACAGAGCUCGAAGGCGGCGUCACGCGCAACUCCAGCCCCUCGUCCAUCGAGCUGCUGCGCAACGCCUACAACUGCUUCCUCGCCAAGUUCCCGCUCUUCUUCGGCUACUGGAAGAAGUACGCCGACCUCGAGUUUGCCAUCGGCGGCACCGAGACGGCCGAGAUGGUGUACGAACGCGGUGUCUCGUGCAUACCCAGCUCCGUCGACCUCUGGGCGCACUACUGUGCCUUCAAAAUGGACACGAGCCACGACAACGACAUCAUCCGAGAUCUGUUCGAACGCGGCGCCCACUUUGUCGGUCUUGAUUUCCAGGGCCAUCCCUUCUGGGACAAGUAUAUCGAGUUCGAGGAUCGAAACAACGAGCCAUCCAGAGUCGCGCAGCUCUACCGUCGCGUCUCCCAGAUACCCAUGUAUCAAUUCUCCAGGUACUACGAAAAGUUUCGUGGUCUGAUCAAUAGCAAUACCCCGGUCGACGACCUUGCAGAACCUGAGACGCUCGAAACAUUGCAGGCAGCUGUUGCUGCUGAGAAUCAAGGUUUUGAGCGCUCAUCGCUCGAGCUCGACCGACAACUCCGCGGCAAGCUUGAUCAGUGGUACUAUGAAGCGUAUACCCGCACGCAAGCAGAUGUCACAGCUCGCUGGCCUUUUGAAGAGAAGAUUGAACGCGGCUACUUUCAUGUCACGGAUCUGAAAGACACCGAGAUUGACAAUUGGCGGAAGUACCUCGAUUUCGAAGAGGCGCAGGGCGAUUUUCAUCGCACAUGCUUCUUGUAUGAACGUUGUUUGGUGGCUUGUGCUUUGUACGAAGAGUUCUGGCUGCGUUACGCCCGCUGGAUGUUCUCCCAAGAGAACAAGGAGGAAGACUGUCGGCAAAUCUACAUUCGCGCGAGCUGUAUCUUCGUCCCAAUCUCGCAACCGACUGUUCGCCUGAACUGGGCUCGAUUUGAAGAGAAGCUGGGCAGGACCUCCCUUGCACAUGAUAUCCACGAGGCUAUACUAGAUCAGAACCCCGAUCAUGUGGAGACCAUCAUCUCGCUCGCUGGCGUAGAUCGUCGCCACGCAGGCGCGGAUGCCGCAGUAAGCACGCUGGAGAAGUACAUUGGUCAGCGUAACGCGCAUGUAGGUGGCGUCUUGGCCGCGGAGCAAGCGCGCAUCUUGUGGCAGUCCAAGCGUGCGGUUGAUGAGGCCCGCCAGCUCUUCAAAGACAAGGCAGAUAAGUUUCUGGAAUCGAAGGAGUUUUGGUUGAAAUACAUGGACUUUGAGAUUGCUCAACUGUUGAGCGAAGAGGACGACGCCCACAAGCGCGUCAAAGAGAUCCACGAGACUAUUCGCGCUAAAGGACGGUUUUCGGAAGACGCAUCAAAGGCACUUUCACACCACUACAUGGAGUACCUGAUGGAUCACGGAGGCAAGAACGCCGCCGAUGAAUUCAUGAAACUCGACCGCGAGGUCAACGGGUACACAUCGUCCAAGAAUAUUGAUCUGCCUCACGCGAAACCGCCAGCCAAGAAACGGAAAAACAAAAACAAGAAUGCGGCAACGACGGCAGCGUCGUGAAGUUCUGGAUCGGGAAUUUGGACUCGGACAACCUUUUUCACUUACUUGGCUGCCUGCUAGUCCAUCCUGUCUUCGUUUCCCCCUCACUGGAUCGCUUAAAUAUCGUUAGUUAUUCCCCCUCGUGUCCUGCCUGCACAGUAGACAGUAAAUAUAAACAACUCUGUUUUCGUUUUGAUGAUGCAUUCUUUGCAGUUUGUUUCUGCACAUUAUCUUGUGAUGCCAGGCACUCCUUUGGACAAUAUUAUGUUUGUUAAGCCUUUCAGAUCUCAUGCGAGUGGGAGUGUGGUUGUUCGCAGGUAUGACUAUGUAGUUG